AUGAAAAAGCCACCUGGCUAUUGCAAGGGUAAACCUGGUCAGUCCAAGGCUGAUUAUAGUCUCUUCACUUGCAUCACUGAUACCACAUUUACAGCAUUACUAGUCUAUGUAGAUGACAUAGUAGUUGCUAGUAGUUCCCUUGAUUCAAUCUCUGCCCUUAAAACGUUUUUGAACAAUCAAUUCAGAAUUAAAGACCUUGGACCCUCGAGAUAUUUUCUAAGCAUUCAGGUUGCUAGAUCUCCCACUUUUAUUCACAUUUUUCAAAGAAAAUACACUUUAGAUAUCCUUGUUGAUUCGAGACAAUUGGCUUCUAAGCCCUUAAAGAUUUCAAUGGAUCAAAACCAUAAACUAAGCAAGUCCACAGGUACUCCUCUAGCUGAUCCUACUCCAUAUAGACAACUCAUUGGAUGUCUACUUUGCCUCACCAUAACUAGACCAGAUAUAAGCUACUCUACUCAGGUUCUCAGUCAAUUUAUGGACCAUCCUUCCACCUCUCAUCUUGCUGCUGCUCACAAGGUAUUGAGAAACCUUAAAAAUGCACUUGUUCAAGGGUUACUACUUUCAUCUACAUCUUCAAUCCAACUAAAGGGCUACUGUGACUCAGAUUGGGCAACCUGCCCUGAUACCUGA